AUGGAUUCGGGCGAUGGCGUGUCUCACACCGUGCCUAUCUAUGAGGGAUAUGCACUUCCUCAUGCCAUCGCGCGGCUUGAUUUGGCUGGCCGUGACCUGACGGAAUAUUUGAUGAAGAUCAUGAUGGAGAGCGGCUACUCCUUCAGCAACAGCGCGGAGCGAGAAAUCGUGCGGGACGUCAAGGAGAACCUAGGGAAGCUGUGCUACGUCGCCCUGGAUUUCAACCAUGAGCUGAAGGCAGCGGCAGAGAGCAAUGACGGGGCGAAGACGUACGAGCUGCCAGAUGGGAACAUCAUCUCCUUACACAGCGAGCGCUUCCGCUGCCCGGAGGUACUGUUCCAGCCCAGCUUGGUGGGCAAGGAAGCGAUGGGGAUCCAUGACACCACCUUCCAGUCCAUCAUGAGGUGCGAUGUGGAUAUCCGCCGCGACCUGUACCAGAACGUGGUCCUGUCGGGGGGCUGCACGAUGCUGCCCGGCAUCGGCGAGCGAAUGACCAAAGAGCUUUGUGCCCUGGCACCAUCCACUGUGAAGGUGAAGGUCAUUGCGCCGCCUGAGAGGAAGUACAGUGUGUGGAUCGGUGGCUCCAUCCUCUCGUCAUUGAGCACGUUCCAGCAGAUGUGGAUCUCCAAGGCUGAGUACGAUGAGAGUGGGCCAAUGAUCGUCCACCGCAAGUGCAUCUAG